ACAACCUAUAUGUUUUACAUAAAUCGUCAAGGAGGUGCCAGGUCUCCCUCCCUCUGCACGGAAGCACUCAAACUUUGGAAUUGGUGCAUCCAUCACAAUGUGCUCAUCUCAGCUAUCUAUGUACCCAGGACACAGAACGUGACAACUGACAAUCUCAGUUGGAAUUUUUCUCAUGACCACGAAUGGGAACUGAACUCAGAGGUGCUUCAAGUUAUUUUCACCCACUGGGGAACCCUGACUACAGAUCUCUUUGCUACUUACCGGAACAAGAAAUGUCCUCAUUACUGCUCCAGAGCUGGCCUGGUGAAACAUUCACUGGGAGAUGCCCUCCUCCUCCCAUGGGACGGGGACCUCUUGUAUGCCUUUUUCCAUUUUCCUCUUCUAUCCAAGGUCCUGUUGAAAAUUCAACGAGACAAAGUGAGAAUUAUUCUGAUUGCCCCUUAUGGCCAGGCCAAGACGAGUCUGGUUCCCUUACCUGACACAGAUGGCAGUAUGUCCUCCGGUUCCUCUUUGGCCCAUUCCUCACCUGCUCUCUCAAAACACCGCAACCUGCGGGACCUCCACCUCCAGGCGUGGCUCCUUCUUGGUUCCAAGGCUUAGAGGCAGAAUGCUCUGACAAGGUGAACGACAUAUUGCUCCACAGCCAAAAGUUGAGCACUCAAUGUAUUUACCUACAUUCCAAGUUUGCGGGUGCUCCACAAACCGCCCUCCUCUCGUCUACUUCUGAGCUCUCCUGAGUUCUCCAUAGGGCUCUGUGGUAGAGAAGGAACUGAGCGGGGGCAGUUUUCCCGUGCAGCGCAGUUAGCCUCAAAGCAGACCAUGAGGGAAGGAGAGCGCAUGUGCGGUCUCAAUGGACACUGCUACCAAAAAUCCCUGAUUAGAGGCGCAGGGGCACAGAUACUCUUACAGGGGAGCACACACAGGGGGACACACCUUGAAGAACCAUUGCUAUUGCACAAAGUGAGUAAUUUCCUCUUUUCCAUGUACACUGAAGGUAGGACAAGAAGUAAUUGGCUUAAUCUGCAGCAAGAGAGAAUAAGACACAACAAUUGCUGAGGAGGAUUUCAAGAACCCUCUGUGCAUCUGACUAGCGAAACAAUGGGUGACAUUGCUUGCAGUCCUGGUGGGAAAGAGGAUCCUGCUCCAACUGUGAGCACUCUGAACAACUAACCUAACAGCAGAGAGCUGACAUGGCAGCUAUACUGGACAUAUGGAGGCCUUCGAGAGUGCCAUGGAGGCUGGAGCAGUAUUUUGAAGUAAAUGAGAUUCCCUAGAAAAACAUGUAGCAGCUUUACUGAGUGGGAUGGGGAAAAACCUACAGUUUAGUUCGCAGUCUGAUCACCCCAAACAAGCCAGCCAGCCAACCCUUAAAAGACAUCGUGCAGAUUGUUCAAGAGCACUUGUUAUCCAAGACCCUGAUUAUAGCAGAAAGUUUCAGGUUUCAUAAGCAGAAUCAGCUUGAAGGUGAAUCUGUUUCCUCUUUUGCAACAGCAUUAAAAAGAUUAUCAGAACACUGUGCUUUUAAGGAUGUGCUUAAUGAGGCCCUAAGAGACAAAUUUGUGUAUGGACUGUUUAAUGAAAGCAUACAGAAGAGGCUCUCAACUGAGGAAAAUCUUACCUUUAAAAGGGCAGUAGAAAUUGGAGUAGCAAUGAAAACUGUGGAAAGAGAUGCAAUAGAUUUGCAUACCAGCACUAAAACAGAAGUAGGAACUCAUAAACUCUCUGGAACCCAAAGCAAGAGCCGGUCCGCUCGGCAGACAUGCGGAAAAGAGUUCCACGCUUCUUUUGAUUGCCAAUUCAAAGAUGCAGAUUGUAGCAGCUGUAAGAAAAAAAAAAGCCAAAUCGAAGUAGUUUGUCGCACUAAGCCCUGGUCUACACUAGGAGUUUAGGUUGAAUUUAGCAGCGUUAAAUCGAUGUAAACCUGUACCCAUCCACACGAUGAAGCCCUUUUUUUCGACUUAAAGGGCUCUUAAAAUUGAUUUCCUUAAUCCACCUCUGACAAGUGGAUUAGCACUUAAAUCGGCCUUGCCGGGUCGAAUUUGGGGUACUGUGGACACAAUUAGACGGUAUUGGCCUCCUAGAGCUAUCCCAGAGUGCUCUGUUGUGACCACUCUGGACAGCACUCGCAACUUAGAUGCACUGGCCAGGUAGACAGGAAAAGGCCCGCGAACUUCUGAAUUUCAAUUUCCUGUUUGCAUGGUCACCUGCAGCUUGCCACGCUGGCCAGAGCUCAUCAGCACAGGUGACCAUGAUGGAGUCCCAGAAUUGCAAAAGAGCUCCAGCAUGGACCGAAUGGGAGGUACGGGAUCUGAUCGCUGUAUGGGGAGAGGAAUCCAUGCUAUCAGAACUCCGUUCCAGUUUUCGAAAUGCCAAAACAUUUGUCAAAAUCUCCCAGGGGAUGAAGGACAGAGGCUAUAACAGGGACCCGAAGCAAUGCCAUGUGAAACUUAAGGAGCUGAGGCAAGCCUACCAGAAAACCAGAGAGGCAAACGGCUGCUCCGGGUCAGAGCCCCCAACAUGCCGCUUCUAUGAUGAGCUGCGUGCCAUUUUAGGGGGUUCAGCCACCACGACCCCAGCCGUGUUGUUUGACUCCUUCAGUGGAGAUGGAGGCAACACAGAAGCAGGUUUUGGGGACGAGGAAGAUGAUAGCUCACAGCAAGCAAGCAGAGAAACUGGUUUACCUGACAGCCAGGAACUGUUUCUCACCCUGGACCUGGAGGCAGUCCGUCCUGGACCCACCCAAGGCUGCCUCCCGGACCCGCCAGGUGGAGAAGGUACCUCUGCUGUAUGUGUUUCAAUGAUCACAGGAUCUUCUCCUUCCCAGAGACUAGUGAAGAUUAGAAGGCAAAAAAAACACACUCGUGAUGAAAUGUUCUAUGAGCUCAUGGUGUCCUCCCAUACUGACAUAGCACAGACGACUGCGUGGAGGCAGACAAUGUCAGAGUGCAGGAAAGCACAAUAUGACCGGGAGGAGAGGUGGCAGGCUGAAGAGAGUAAUUGGAGGGCUGAAGAGAGAGCUGAAGCUCAAAUGUGGUGGCAGCGUGAUGAGAGGAGGCAGGAUUCAAUGCUGAGGCUGCUGGAGGAUCAAACCAAUAUGCUCCAGCCUAUGGUUGAGCUGCAGGAAAGGCAGCAGGAGCACAGACUGCCGCUACAGCCCCUGUGUAACCAACCACCCUCCUCCCCAAGUUCCAUAGCCUCCUCACCCAGAUGCCCAAGAAUGCGGUGAGGGGGCCUCCGGCCACUCCACCCCAGAGGAUUGCCCAAGCAACAGAAGGCUGGCAUUCAAUAAGUUUUAAAGUUUUAAACUUUUAAAGUGCUGUGUGGCCUUGUCCUUCCCUCCUCCACCACCCCUCCUGGUUCUUCUCUCCUCCACCACCCCUCCCGGGCUACCUUGGUAGUUAUCCCCCUAUUUGUGUGAUGAAUGAAUAAAGAAUGCAUGAAUGUGAAGCAACAAUGACUUUAUUGCCUCUGACAGCGGUGAUCGAAGGGAGGAGGGGAGGGUGGUUAGCUUACAGGGACGUAGAGUGAACCAAGGGGCGGUGGGUUUCAUCAUGGAGAAACAAACAGAACUUUCACACCGUAG